AGUCGACCCGGAAGUCGAUGUCAGCGUGGCUGCUAGUGAUAUCAUAUCAAUAUAGAUAUUGAUUCAGUUACUUAAUGCGGAAGACGAAGAAUCGGAAUAGUAGCUGUAGAUGUGAUGAUGUAAUUUAGGGGGCAUUAACCCCAAUGGAGCCCGGCGGAGCAGAACCACCGAGCAAAGUGUUCACGUUCAAAGACGACCAGAGGAGCCCUCCGGUGUGCCUCUCCGUCUCCAUACCGGAGGUUCUGGACCCACAUUAUGGGAUGUACGUGUGGCCCUGUGCGGUGGUGCUGGCUCAGUAUCUGUGGACUCGGAGGGAGACGCUGAGGGGCAAGAAGGUGUUGGAGCUCGGUGCAGGUGUGAGUCUCCCAGGUGUGGUGGCGGCGCGGUGCGGGGCCCAGGUGACCCUGUCGGACGGCGCUAAGACCCCUCUGUGUCUGGACAAUUGCCGGCGUAGCUGUGAGGCCAACGGGCUCCUGGACGUGGGGGUGCUGUCUCUCACCUGGGGGGAGGUCUCACCUGAGCUCCUCCUGCUCCCCGAGCUGGAUAUCAUCUUGGGAUCGGAUGUCUUCUACGAGCCGCAGGGCUCAAACCCUGCAAUCCGCCAGCCUGCGAGCGAGUCUCAGAGAGGCCGGCUGCACCAAACUGGGCCAUCUGAUGAGGAUGACGGCGACAUCGGUGGACGCACUGAGGGACAGGAGCAACAUCACCUCCGUCAGGCUGAUCAGCCGGGUGGUGGAGGAGGUCUGUGCCGCCCUGUCCAUCAACCAGAGGGAGUUCACCAUGGACCGAGCUCUCUGUGACCAGUGGUCGGAUGGGUUUGAGUACUGGUUCCCCUCGCUGUCCGUCGCUGCCUCUUUGGGGCAGAGUCAGCUGCUCACAAUGGCAACCCCGCAUCUUGGAACAUUUCAGGAUAUGGGGAAAAAAGCCGUCUACCAUACGUGUGUCAAGGUGGUGGAUUUGCGUUUUUUGGCCGGGGUAAAGGAGUCGAGGUGGACCGAGUUCUUUGGUCCAGUUUUUCCCUGAAAGGCAGCUGGCGGGCUCUGUACAAGCUGCCUGUUGAGAAGCAGCAGACCUCCAGUGGAGGGUCGUACAUGGAGCGAUAGCCACAAACAGGUACAGAGCAGCUUGAUCCGGAGCUGGGGGAGGGGUGUUCAUUCUGCACAGAGUGAGGACCUGGUCCAUCUCUUCGUUCAGUGUCCUCGUCUGGCAGAGCUGGUUGCUCUGUUAAAGGUGGUUCCAGGGUCUUGGGGAGGUGUUCUCGUUUGUCUUUGGGCCGAAGUACACAGUAAAGAGGAAACGGGAGCACAUGCUGGUGAAUCUUUUGUUGGGGAUUGCAAAGUCGGCCAUUUGGCUGACUCGUAAGAACUGGACACAGAGUACCGGCAGUGUGGAGGUGGUCCCGGUCCUGGUGGUCCUGGUCCUGGUCCCGGUCCUGGUGGUCCUGGUCCCGGUCCCGGUCCUGGUGGUCCUGGUCCCGGUCCUGAAGGGGCUGCUGAAGGCCCGACUGAGGGUGGAGCACACCUGUUAUACGAUGAUGAACAAUGUGACGGCUGUAGGGGGGGUUCUCUGCUCUGUGGGGGGGAGCUAUGUGUUAGCUUGUAAAGAUGGGUUUUGUUUUUGUGUUUGUUUUUGUGUUGUUUGUUUUUGUGUUGUUUGUUUUUGUGUUGUUUGUUUGUUGUUCUGAGGCUGGAAGAUGUAAGUUGUUUUGUUAAGGCUGAACUAAGAUGAUGAUGUUUGGUGUCUCCCUGAGUGGAGAAAUAAACAGACUUCAAAAACCUCUCUCUCCUCCUCCUCUCUCUCGUCCUCUCUCCUCCUUUCCUCCUCCUCUCUCCUCUCUCUCUCAUCC